AUGAAUAUACAAAAUAUUGAUGAAAAAAUUGUUUUAGAUGGAAAUUAUGUGAGAAAUCCACUUUAUUCAAAUAACGUAAAAAUAAAAACCUCAAAUAUAGUACAUUCAAUUGAAGGAGUAGAAAAUAAGACUAAUUUUUUAUCACUAAGCGAAAACGUUAUAUCAAAAAUAAGAAGUGAUAGUACAGAGAUAAUAAAAAAAGAAGGAGAAAUUUUAGAUAUCAAUUCACGUAAUGUGUGUUAUGCUUUAAAAAAUGGAAAAUUUCGUUUAAUAAAUCAAAAUGGGAUAAAUACAACAAGAAUAAAAUUAUUGUAUGAAAAUGAAGUUCUAUAUGUUUCAUUCAACAAAGAAAAUGGUAACUAUUUAUUGCUUUUGGAUAAUAAGGGGCAUUUAUAUAUCUAUAAAAUUAAUGAAUUUAAAGUUGAGUUGAUAUUAUGUUUAAAUUUUCCUUCAUAUGAAAAAAAUACGACCGCUAAUUUAAAAGAAAUAAAAAAUGCAUUAAAAAGUGAUUUUCCUAAAAAAGCUAGUUGGCUACCAAAAAGUGACAAGUUUUUUAUUACUGGUCAUAACAGUUGCCUAUAUAUAUGGAAUAUUUCUUUAUUAACAAAUGCAAUGAUUAUGAAUAAAUUAAAAGAUGAAAUUAAUGUAACUGAUAAAAUAAUCUCUGUUUGUGCUAUAACUUUAUCAUUUGAGCAGAUAUUACACAAAUAUAAUUAUUUAUUUAAUGAAUAUUUUGAAAGUACUGAAGAUUUGCAUGAUAAAAUUAUCUUAAAUACUUAUUGCCUAAGUUUAAAUGGCAAAUACUUAUAUGCAUUGGUUAGUAAUUAUUAUUCAAUCAUAUGGAAUAUUGAAAGAAAUAACCAUUUUAUUAAAUUUACUCUAGUUGGAUUAUGUUCUUUAAAAAAUGAAUUAUUAAAAAUAAAAAAGCAAUUAAAUAUUAAUACUACUAAUGAUAAUAUAGAGAUAUCAUCUAUUCACAUUUUAAAUACCUUUUUUCAAUCGAAUGAAGAUAACACCAAUCAAAGUAAUUAUUACCUACUUGUUUUUCAUAAUAAAUGUUGUAUAUCUGUCUUCCCAUUUAAAAAUAACAUAAAUAUAAAUGACAAAUUUUGUGAAUGUAUUGAUAUAUUAAAUAAUUGUAGUAUACAAAAUAUUUGUGUUCAAAAUGAUAUAAAUAUUGAAAAUAUCGAAGUAUUUGUUGAUCCAUCUGAAUUUUUUGUAUUUUUUAAUCUUUCGUAUAAAAUUCCCAAUAAAGAUAAAGGAGAUAUAAAUAAAAGUUUAAUUUUUGUUUUAGAAGUUUUUAAUAAAAAAAGAUUAGAUUUUAAAAUUCAUCCGAAAUUUUUGAAUUUGCCUAAUAAAAGCAUUUUACCUCUUUGUUCUAUUAGAUUACUAAAAGUAAAUGAUUGCUUAAAAUUUGCUAAAGUUUUAAAUGUAUCCGUUUCUUCUUCAUCCUUAAACAUUAUUAAUUUAUUUUUGUUUGCUAUUAUUUUUAAUUCUUCUAAAAAAAGCGUAAGUGUUCAAUCUUUUUCUGCUCCAAUUCCUCUACUUAUGGGGGAUGUAUGCAACAAUAAAGAAACAUCAUUUCCGAAUAAUGAUGAUGCACAUGAAAAUCUAGAUAAUUCUUUAAAAAAUUAUGAUAUUAAAAAUAUUUAUAAUAAAUUUUACGAUAAUGUGAACAAUAAAUGUGAUUUAGAAAAUUCCACAAAUAUUCAGAAAAGAGAAGAAACAGAUAAAAACACAUUUGAUAAUAUACAUAAUAAGGAGUUUUUAAAUAUAUUAAAAAAUAAAAGAAAAAACGAUGAAGAAUUAUUAAAAAUACAUGAUGAUAUAAUCCAAAAAGGAAAUCUUUUAGAGAAUAUUUCUCAUCUACCUAUUACAAGAGAUGAAAAUAUGAUUUUGAAUAAUUUUAAACGUAAAGAAGAUGAUAUAGAUGAUGAUAAUAAUAAUAAUAAUAAUAAUAAUACAGCGAAUAUAAAAUCCGAUAUUUUACCAGGACUGAUAAGCAAUGAAGAAAAUAAUAUAAACAUAAGAGAAAAAUUAAAAGUAUUAUUAAAUAAAAGAGAGGAUAUUACAACCAAUAAUAAUGACUUAAUAGAUUAUAAUGGAAACAAAGAAAUGAAUAUGAUUUUAAAUGGAGUAAACAAUGACAGAAUUGAAGUAAUGAAAAUUAUAAGCAACAAAGAUAUGAAAUAUUUUAAUACUAUAAAUGAUAAUGAUGAAGUCUCUAAAAAGGCAGAUAACACACUAUGUGAUAGGAUUUUAAAUAAAAAAAAAAAAGAAAGCAAGCAAGAAAUUAAUAUUAGAAAUGAUAUUCAUGAAAAUAACGAUUUAGAGCAAUUUUUAAAAUAUUCUCUUAAUGAAAUAAAAAAAAAUUAUGGACCAGUUGAUGAAAAUGUAAUAAGCAAAAAAAACGACGAUAUCAACUUAGCACAAUUAAAUAAGAAUGAAUUUUACGAAAAUAUUCUUCUGAAAAAAAUGAAUGUAAAUUCCUUAUACAAUAAUAAUAAAGUUGGAAGUCAUGAAAAUAUAGAAAUUUUUAAUACAGAAAGAGAAGAAAAUUCUAAAAUCCCUUUUAGUGAAACGAAGCAAAUUGUUGAUUUAAUUUUUUCGGACAAUUCAGAAAAAAAAUCUAAGAAAGAAAAUGAAAGCGAAAUAAAAAAAAAUUCCGAUCACAAUAGUAAUAUUGAUAUUAUUAUGUCAAAUCAUAAAGAUGCUUUAAAAAAGUUCAUGGAUUAUGAAGAGGAAGAUAAUGAAGAAGAAAGUGAAUAUCAGGAAGAAAAAAAAGUAUAUGUAAGUGAGUAUUUAGAAAAGAAAAAAGAAGGAUUAGAAAAAGAUGAAGGGAGUGAAAUUGAAGAGGGAGAUGAAGAUUAUGAAGGUGGAGUUGAAGAAGAGGAAGGAGAAGAAUAUGAAGUGAAAGAGGAAGAUGAAGAAGAGGUAGAAAAUAAGAAUAGUGAUGAAGAAAAAGUUAAGGAUAAUAAAAAGCCUAAUAUAACUUUAGAAGAAAAAAAAAAUAAGAAAAAAAUGGAAAAAAAAAAUUAUAAUAAUUUAAAGGAUGAAAUAGAGGAAAUAGAUAAAGAAAAAAAAGGAAAAGCGAACUACAAAAAUAAUGAAAUAUUUGUACAAAAAGAAAACAAUUUAAACUCUUUUUUACAUAAGUUAGGAUUUUUUAAAAAUAAUACAUCAGAUGAAAGUAAUAAAAAUGAAUUUUACAAUGAUAAUUCUGUCUUUAUUAAUGGAUUAAAAAUGAAUGAAAACAAUAGUGAAUUAAUAAGUAAAAAUAAUGAAAUAUACAAUGAAAAUAAAAAAAAUAAGGAUAAUGUAAACAGUGUAGAAGCAAAUACUAUUAAUAAUAAUAAGGAAGAAAAUCAUAUUUUUGCAGCCAAAGAUAUUGAUGACAUGAAGAAUUCUAUUAAAAUAUAUAGAAAAAAAGAGUCAAAUAAUAAAAAGCAUGAUAUCAUAGAUGAACAUUACGAAGGAGAAAAUAUAUCAGUAGAUAUUUCAGAUGAUUUAAUGAAGAAAAUAUGUGCGAAAAUAUAUAAAAGCAUUAGUGUAGGAAUAUCUCAAAUUAUAUGUGAAGAAUUAAGAGAUAAAAAUAUACUAAAAGGGAUUAGUUCAACUAUUUGUAGCAAUAUAAAUAAAGAAAUAAAUGAAGAAAAUAAAAAUGCAGAUGAUAAGGUAUGUAAGAAUAUGGAAAGUAUGAUUACUAACUUUAACAAAAAAAUAAAUGAGAUGAAAGAAGAAAUAAUAAAUUUAAAAAAUUAUAAUAAAAAUAUAAAUGUGAAAAUAAUAUCUAUGAAUAAUAAUUUAAGUAAAAUGUUUGAAACUAUUAAAAAUAAGUCAUACUUAAAUCAAAAAACUAAUAAUUAUGAAAUUAAAUUAGAAAGAAUAUUAAAUGAAAUAAAUGGCUUCAAAAAAUAUAUGAGUAGUAUGAUGACUAAAUUUUCGGAGAAUUUAGUAAAUAUGUGUGAAGAUAUGAAGAAUCAUUUUAGUAAAAUAAUAAGAGGAAAUAAUGAUAAUUUAAAAAGAAUGAUACUUCAAGAUUUGAAUAAUAAAAUAGAAGAAAUGAAAUGUAUCGAUUUUAAAAAUAAUGCGUUUAAUAAAGAGUUAGUUGAAUUUUUUAACAAUGCGCAUCAAGAUGCAUUAAAAAAAAUAAUGCCAUCUGUUAUAUCAUCGGAAAUUCAGAUUCAAUUUGCCAAAAGUGUAGUUCCUGGGAUGAGGGAAGCUUAUAAUACAGGAUUUCAAUCCAUUAAAGAAUCGUUUAACUCAUUAUUAUUAGAUAACAAAAAUUGGUUAAGUAAAGAACUUUAUAGCAUAGAAAAAGCAAUAUACGAGAAAUCAGAAAAAAAUAAUGAGGAUUUCUUAUUAUGUAUAAAUAAUAAAAUGGAAGAAUUAGAAAAAGAAAUAAAGCUAUAUACUUAUAAUAUUAAUCAACAAAUUAGUUAUUUGCAUGAUGAUAUUAAUGCAUUAAGUAAAUCCCCGUUACAAUUAAAUGAUCAAACUAAAAGUAUCGAUGGUAAUAGUUUAGAUAAAGAUGGUAGUAAUAAUAAUGCUAUUAACAAAGAUGUUAGCAAUAAUUCCAUUAUCGAAUUAAAAAAAAAUAAUGAUAAUAAUUUUCAUCAAGGAAAUGAUCCAUCUGAUAUCAUAAUAAAAGGAAGAAUUAAUCAUUUAUUGAGUGAACAUGAAUAUGAUCAGGCUUUUACAUUGGCUUUAUCAAUCGAUAUAGAAAAAAAUACUAAUGCUUAUUGGAUACUUCAAUUAUGUUAUAGAUUCCAUUCAAAUCUUUUAUUAGAUGACAGUUUACCAAUUAGCCAACCAGCAUUAUUGGGAAUAAGUAAAAUUUUAUGUGAAUCUUUAACUAAAUUUUCUGAUUUAGCUUUAGAUGAUGCUGAUUUUCGUAUUAAAUGGAUUCGUGAAUGUCUAUUACAAUUAGAUGUGAAUCAUUCUGAUUUAAUUAAAACAAAUGCUUAUAUGUUUAUUCAAAAUAUGCUUAAUCAUAUUUGUAGCUAUAGUUAUGAUAUAGAAAAUAAAAUUCGUAAAUUAAAUGAAAAUACUGUAAACGUUCAUAAAAAUAAUUUAAAAAAUAAUUUACUUUUAAAUUCAGAUUCAUUAUCAAAUGAAAAUGUAAAUCAUAUUUUGUGUUUAAAUGAAGUGGAAACAAUUAAUAAUAAAGCUUCUAAUUUAAUUUCAGGACAAAAUAAUGAUUAUGAGAAAAAUAUGCUUCUUGCAUUACAAGAUAAAUUAAUUCAAAUUAGGAAAUUAUUAAAAAGGAUUAUUAAAAACUUGGGUAAGAAAGGUAAUGUGUAA